AUGCUUGAGUGUCCAUCAAGUGCUGCGAAGCUGUCGCCAAUGAGUGCAGCCAUUGCAGCUAGCACGGUCUUCAGCUGGCGUUCCUACAGAAGACCUAGCCACUUGUUCCACCUCCGCUCUGCGCGACAUGGGCCGGUUUUGCCUUCCAGAUAUUCUGCAGAGGAGAUAUCGCGGACCUGCCAGCAGCACAUGCAGCGCGUUUUCGCGCGAUGCAUCCAGGUGGCCGGUCGCUGUGGCGGCUGGCUCUUCGCCAUCAUGCGAGAAAAUCCGUCAGCGGAGGAGGAUGCCCUGCGAGCAUCUGAGCUGCGUAAAGCCCUCGUCGACCUAGGGCCCAGCUUUGUAAAGGUUGGGCAGCUCCUGGGCGCCCCAGCACCCUUCCUCGAGUCUUUGGCUGGCAAAGCGGGCGAGCUCGGCGCCGAGUGGGAUAGGCGGCGUUCCACUGGCUACUCGGAGAUCCUGGAGGGGAGGCUGCAGCGGAGCGAUGAGGGCGGCUUCGUCGUCGCGAAGGACGUUCUGGCUGGGCAGCCACUUCUCUUCGAGGCGUCUGUCGCGUGCGCUCCGGUGGGUCCGACUGCCUGUGGCUCUCUGGCGAGGCAAUGCCGUGCAUCGCCAGGAGUUCUUGAGAAGGUGAUGAAGCUCCCCACCGGUCGCUUCACGGGAGAAACCCGGGAGCUCGAAGCCGGCUUGGCGUGCAACGCCCGGGAGUGCAGCCGCGAACCGGGAUUUGUGGCGCUGUUUCUAGCCUGCUCGCAAAUUCCGCACUCCUGCUGCCCCAAUGCCAUCAUCGAUUCUGCGCAGACGCAUGCUGUCCUUCGCGCGCUGGACGAUAUGGUUGUUGGGACAACUGUCAAUGUGUCCUAUGUGACGGUGAGCUUGAACCACCAAGCCAGACAAUCACAGCUUGGGCAGGGUUUUUCCUGCAAGUGCUCGCGAUGUGUUUCUGAAGAGUCUAAUGAUCCACAGUUCACCGUUGCUUGCAGCUCCUGCAAGAAGGGAAGCUUAUCGCUCAGCCGAGAAGAUCCACAACAUUGCAAGGCUUGCGGUGCAGAGUUUGUGGCGGCAGAGGCUUUGCGGCACGUGAAAGAGGCUGCCAAAGCCAACGCGUUCAUGGCCAAGGCUGAGAGUGCACGCGGAGAUGCCGUGCAGAAGGCCAUGGCCCUGGAAACGAGGCUCCGAACUGCGACAACUUCGGCCAAUCCAGCGCCGCCGCGGCACCCACAGAUUCUUCAGCUCAUGAACAAUGUGGCAAACUGCUACUUCUAUGCGGCCCAAACUCCAGGAAGCAACCAAGCAGCGUGCUGGGCCGGCUUCUGGACGUACAAGCAACGCUUCAUGGAGGGGCUGGAAGCCAAUCACGGCCCUACGAAGCAGCGCGAUCUUCACUACAUCCUCAGUCUGCGACGGAUGCUGUCAGCAAAGUUUUCGGACAGGGAGGAGCGGGAGAAGCAUCAGCAGAAGUUCGAGCAAUUGUGCUUGAUACACUUCGGAGAGCAUGACAUUCCCCAAAGCCUUCGUGAUCUUCGAAGAUGA